AUGGCGCGCUUAGUCUCACGUAUAGAGAGCGCCACAAGAUGGUUCCCUGCCAGUAUGCCAUUGGUAGAACGUCAACUUGUUCGAAAGUUGGAUUGGCUGGUUCUUCCAUAUGCCUGUUUGUCAUUUUUUGUCAAGUAUCUAGACGUUUCGGCAUUGACUAAUGCAUAUGUUUCUGGCAUGAAACAGGAUCUCGAUCUGUCGGGGAAUAGAUUGAAUUAUAUAAAUGCUGCAUAUGAAGUUGGAUAUGUUGUGUUUCAAAUCCCCAGCAACAUGGUCUUGAUCAAAUACCCAGCGCAAUACUACCUCCCAGCUGCGGAGAUCUUUUGGGGUCUUUUCACUCUCGGAACGGCGUUUGUGCAAACUUACGAGCAGCUAGUGGUAAUGCGAUUUUUCGUCGGGUUGAGCGCUACUUCAUGUUAUGUGGGCUUGGUCCAUGUAGUCAAUUCAUGGUAUAAGAAGGAAGAACUGGGACGUCGGAAUGCACUUUUCUGGAUUGCAAAUCCCAUCGGCCAGAUGUUUGCAGGAUAUCUACAAGCUGCUGCAUAUACACAUCUCAACAAUCAUCAUGGUUUACAGGGUUGGAGAUGGCUUUUCAUUAUCUGCACAAUUAUCACAAUCCCUAUUGCUUUGAUCGGAUUCCUAAUCUUUCCCGACAUGCCAGAGCGCACAAAAUCCCGCUUCCUAAGCGCAGAAGAAAAAGCCCUCGCCAACAAAAGACUACAGGAAGAAGGAUUCAAGCCAUCUACAGGUCUCAACAAAACAAUCAUCAAACGAAUCUUCACAUCGUGGCGAUUCUACGCCUUCGUGCUCCUUCUAGUCAUCUUCUGCAACAUGACAUACAGCGAAGCCACACCAUUUAUUCUCUGGCUCGACUCUCAGCCAAAUAAAUAUCCCGUCGCUCUUGUGAACAACUUAUCCACUGUCACGAAUGGCGCGGCGGUAGCUGGCGCAUUGAUGAUGAGCUUCUACUCUGACAUUCGUGGAUCUCGCUCUGAGCCUAUAAUCUUGUCUGGGAUUCUAUGCAUUUUCGCGAACCUGGUACUUGCAAUUUGGGAUAUCCCCGAUGGUCUCAAGUUCUUCGCUUAUAUAUCAGUGGGAUGGUCUUACGGGACACUUCCAGUACUGAUCGCCUGGACUGCGGAGGGACUUGCUGGGGAUUUGGAGGUCAGAGCGAUUACUUUUGCUUCCUACAAUUGUCUUGGGGAGAUUACUAGUCUGGUGGUGCCGUUGGUAGCUUGGCCUGUGUCAAAAGCACCUGGUUUCCGUGGGGGAUUUAUUUGGGUAUGA